CAGACUAAUGUAAUGUCUUAUGUGCUCCUGUCAAAUUCAAGAAAGAUAAAAUCUACAAGGAUACUAAAUUAAAAAAGAAUGCGAUCUCUGUUUUAUAAAUCAUUGCUGCCAUCCGCCCCCCAAACGUGAAGGACGGAAGCUGUCUUGUUAAAACGGUGCCGAAAAAAGAGCAUAAAGUCUUGAAGCUUGGAUGUGAAUUAAACUAACUCAAUGAUUUAUCUUUUUUUUUACACUAUAGGCUUAAGCCUAAAAAUGGCACCAAACACCAGCCUUUCCUACUUAGUGAGAAAAUCCACGCUAACCUUGCAGAAAGGCAGGCGCCACUUCCACGGGUGCCGCUAGCCUGCCGCGGCGCCGCCGGCAGUGCCACAGCUCCGAGGGAAGCCUGCCGGCCCGGGCUGGCGGCCGCGCAGGGGCCGCUCGGCGCUCUCACAGCCCAUCGGUGUGCGGCUGCCCUGGCUUUCCCUCACGCACCACCCGUGUGGCAGUCCCGCCUGACUCACGGGCAUUACGCCGCGGGGAUUUACUAACAGGCUCCACAGCCAGCGACGGCCGCGGGCGUGGGAGCUGCAGAGCAGCCCCUCCGCCCGCCCGGAGCCCGCCGUUUGCUGGGCAUGACCCGGCUCACCCCCACCCCGCCACGGGGCGGUGGGGCGGCCCGAGGGGCGGCGAAACGCGAGUGGGUCUGUGGGCGGCAGCCGUCUCCCUCAGGCCGCGGGGGCGGGAGGGUAACGGCCAGCGCGCGCGGCCACAUGCCCAGCCGCCACCCGCCGUGGCCACGCGCGGGCACCGGCCCCCCCGCGCCCCCUGCCCGGCUCCCAGGGCAGGCAGCGCACGCGCACAUGCGCCCCCACCGGCUCCCCGCGUGCACGUGCGCGGCCCGCUGCGGGCUCCUCUCGCCGCGGCGCCUGGGUGCGGGUGCCGCGGCCACGCGAGACCGCGUCACGCGGAGCCACCCGGCCCCGCAAGGCCAGGGGCGCGCUUCCACGCGGCGGUCGCCUGCGGCGAGCGCGCCCCAUCGCGGUGCCCGUCGCGGUCCCCGUCCCGCCCGGUCGUGUCCCCGAGCUGUGGCCCACGUGCGCCGUGCCCGCCGCGCCGCCCGCGGGCGCUGGGGGACGGGGUGUCGGCCGGCCCCCGGUGGCGGGGCUGCCCGCGCGGCGCCGAGUGGGCGGCGGGGCGCGCGCGGCGGGGGCGGGGGAUCGCGGGGUCUCCAGUGGGAACCGCGCGUUCCCUGUGGCAGCGCCGGGGAGGGCGGGGGGUGGGGAGGAGGGGGAGGGGGGAGAGCGGCCUGCUCCUCCCCCCUCCCCUCCUGCCUCUGCCCCUGGCCCGGGGCGGCGGGUGGCGCUGGCCGCGGCGGCUCGGGGCUCAGUGUCCUUGUGCGGAAAUGACACACGGUCCCGUCACGUCACGCGAGAGCGCAGCGCGCGGACCCUCGCACACAAAGAGCCGGGGGGAAACGCGGGCACCAGCGGCGGCCGCUGCAGCCGCCCGCGCCGUCCCGGGGCUCUCGUGCCCCACGCGUGGAGCUGAGGUGAGUGCUGGCAUCCCCAGGCUCCGCUGCGUGGCACCCAGCAGUGGCUGAGCACAGGUACCUGUACAGUACCAGCACUAGUAGCUAUCAAGGCAGUUUAGAUGGGAAGUGAAAUAGAAGAUGAAUUCAGCUGAAAUCACUGAUGAUGAUGAAGUAAAAAUUCCUAAAAAAAAUGUUGUGAAAGUAGAAACAGAAAAUGAAGAUGAAGCUCUAGACUGCUCGGUAACAUCCAGAUCUGCUGAGAAACACUCACUGGAUGGCGCAGUUACUUGCCUACAGGAUUCCAACAAGCGGAAACAGACCUCACUUGGUUGUGAUGGUUCAGGGAGCCAGCAAGAUGUCUUACCCGGUGUGAAGAAAAGACGCUUUACACAAGAGGGCCCGCUUUCAAACAUGAAGAACAGAGAUGCUGGCUCACCCACUCAGGUAAAUGCAGAGCAGCCAAACAAGAACAAGAAUCCUAAUGUAACGUGGCUCUGUGAAGAAGAAUCCUUCAGUGACAUAACCACUCUGUCUUAUAAAAAACCUCUCUAUGGCAUCUCACACAAAAUCACGGAGAAGAAGAACCCACCAGGAGCAGAGCAGUUCACUUCCUACGAGUUGUUUGAAAAAAUCAACCCCAGCAGCCCCUCGCAUCUUCGGACUUUGAACGAUCAACGCAAAAGGGACUCGGCUGCAGCCAUUGCCAUAACAGGGGCCACCGCAGAUUCUGACCCAAAUAUAUAUUCUUUGAUACAGAAAAUGUUUUACACGCUUAACACCCUCAAUACCAAUAUGACUCAGCUUCACAGCAAAGUUGACCUGUUGUCUCUGGAGGUUAGCAGAAUUAAAAAGCAAGUCAGUCCAACAGAGUCGGUCGCAGACUUCAAACCUCCCCCGGAGUACCAGCUGACGUCUGCCGAGCUCAAACAAAUCAUGGAUCAAAGCACGUCAGGCGGAGACUUGGCUUGCCGGCUGCUGGUGCAGCUCUUCCCAGAGCUCUUCAGCGACGAUGAGUUCAGCAGAAGCUGCAGCGCGUGCGGCUUUCUCAACAAGAGGAAGCUGGAAUCUCUUCAUCUGCAGCUUAUCCGUAACUAUGUGGAAGUUUGUUACCCUUCUGUGAAGAAUACGGCUGUGUGGCAGGUGGAGUGUUUGCCUCAAGUCAAUGAUUUUUUCAAUAGAUUUUGGGCUCAAAGGGAAAUGGAAAACAGUCAGCAGAAUGUGCAAUCGUCCAGUUUUUAUGAGGCAGAGCAGGUUGAAUCCUCUCAUUUUAUGGAGGAUAAAGAGCAGGAGGAAGCUUUGUCCUUGGACAGGAGUAAUGCCAUUGCCUCAGAUUACAUGCUGGAUGCUCAGGAUCUCAAUGAAUUUUUAGAUGAAGCUUCUUCGCCAGGGGAAUUUUCUGUCUUUUUGUUACAUAGAUUGUUUCCGGAACUCUUCGACCACAGAAAAUUAGCUGAGAGGUAUAGCUGCUAUGGAGACUCUGGGAAACAACUGCUGGAUCCUCAUCGGCUUCAAAUAAUCCGUAGGUACACUGAAAUUUAUUUUCCAGAUGUGCAAGAAGAAGAAGCCUGGUUGCAGCAAUGUGUUCAGCGCAUAAAUGACGAGCUUGAAAAUACAUAUAUGGAUGGAAGUGAAUGUGAUCAGAUGAGAGAUGACUGUUACGAUUCUUCUAGUCUACCAGAUGAUGUAUCAAUCAUAAAAGUGGAAGAUAGUUUUGAAUAUGAAAAACCUGGCAGACGCUCAAAAAAAAUUUGGCUUGUACCCAUAGACUUUGACAAACUUGACUUUCCCCCUCCCGAUUUUGAUGUCCCUGUCCCAGAUUACCUGUUGAACAAAGAACAGAUUAAAAGCAUAUAUGAAAGCAGUCUUUCCAUAGGUAACUUUGCCUCUCGAUUGCUUGUUCUCCUGUUUCCUGAACUGUUUACCCAUGAGAACUUACGGAAGCAAUACAACUGUAGUGGCUCUUUAGGCAAGAAACAGCUCGACCCCACUAGAAUUAAAUUAAUUCGACAUUAUGUGCAGAUACUGUACCCCAGAGCAAAGAAUGACAGAGUGUGGACAUUGGAGUUUGUUGGGAAGCUUGAUGAGAGGUGUCGGCGAAGGGACACGGAGCAAAGGCGCACAUACCAACAGCAGCGGAAAAUCCACGUGCCAGGGCCCGACAGGAGGGAGUUUCUCAGCUAUGCAAUAAACCCCGAGAGGUUUCGAGAAGAAUUCGAAGGGCCACCACUGCCACCGGAAAGAAGCAGCAAGGAUUUUUGCAAGAUACCACUCGAUGAACUUGUUGUUCCUAAUCCAGACUUCCCUGUGCCUUCUCUGUAUUUGCUGUCUGAUAAGGAGGUAAGAGAGAUAGUUCAGCAGAGCCUGUCGGUCGGCAACUUUGCUGCCCGGCUUCUCGUAAGACUCUUCCCUGAACUCUUUACUCCGGAAAAUCUCAGACUGCAAUACAACCAUUCAGGUGCUUGUAACAAAAAACAGCUCGAUCCUAUCAGACUGAGACUGAUCCGUCAUUACGUGGAGGCGGUUUACCCCGUGGAGAAAAUGGAAGAAGUGUGGCAUUAUGAAUGUAUACCCAGCAUUGACGAAAGAUGCCGGCGUCCUAACAGAAAAAAGUGUGAUAUACUGAAAAAAGCAACAAAAGCAAAAAAAGUGACAGACUCUUUAAAUUCCUAAGACUUUGACCACUAAAUUAUUGUCAGGAUUAUGCUUUGGUUUGGACUGAGGGGCCUGGUGGGAGCUGAGGGUGCUCAGCAUCUAGGACGGUCAGGCACUGAGGUUGUUGCCUUUUAAUGCGUGUGUUGUAUCUUGUGGGCACGGCAGCAGUGGGAAGUGGCUUUACUACAUCUGUACGUGGGCAAAGACCAUCAGUCACCGGUGACAGAGCAACCAGUGGCUCGCUAAGAGUGUGAUUUUCACCGGUGCAAAUACAUGUGGUUAAACUGUAGUACUCCACUCCCCAUUUCUGCAUCUUCUUUUUUGAUCACUUUCUAAUAGUAAAGAAUUUUUUUUUUAAGUCAUUCUGCUCUUCAGGGGCAAUUUUUCAUUAUACCCUUAGAAACAGCCUUGUUAGUUAAUUUGGAGUUUGAAAUUUAAAGUUAAUUUAAAUUUGAAAGUGCCAUGUUCAUUGGAAAUCAUUGGAACAUUAGACUUUUCUUCUACAGUAACUGCAGCUUCACAUUUGUUUUGUUCUUGAUGAUAUUGAGAUACUGAAAAUAAUAAUACUGUGUCAAAGAAUGGGUCAGAACGGUGUAAUUUGCGUUUUUUGACUGUUACCCAGGUUUUAUUUCUAAAACCAAGAAUUAAUUGUUGAAUAAUUGAGAUGUGAGCAUAGACACAAUGUGAUUUUUGUUGGGUUUUUUUUAAUUUUAUUUUUUUUAAAUAUUGACACCACAAGCCUGAUCCUGCCCCUGUGAGUUCUGUUUGUGUUUUGUCCAGUGUCACUGGCGUGACUGGCUCGUCUGAAUUAAGCCAGCAGAACAGAUCCAAGCCUAUACCCGUGGAAUGUCUUGCCAUUGCCUGCUUGCCACUCGUUUGUAAAAUAACAAAGACAACAACAAAAAGACCUGAUACAAGAACUUAGAAAAAUUCUAGACCUUACUCUCUAUCAAAAUCAUGACUCCAAAGGUUUCCAGUAUUCAUAUUGAAUUGCAUAUGUAACAAGUAUGUGCAAAGACUGGGUUUGUGAUGGAAUUAAGUGUUUUGAGGUUCCCAUGUAUGAGCUGUGGUAAUGUAACUUAUUAUUUGUGUGAAUGCAGCACCAUCUGGGUAUUUCGGGUGUAAGGAUAUUGAACUCUCUCAGUUUGCCAAAUUGGUUUAGUCUAAUUAGUAUCUAUUUGUGAGUCAUAACUGUAUAUGUAUAACUUAGGUUCAUAAGGUCAAGUUUGCAUCAUUAAUAUGUUCAAGCGUAACAAAGACCACCCAGAACCCAAUGUGCAUUUGCUGUGUGAUUUGUCACUGGAGAGUGCUGCUUUAAAACUAGUUCUCUUGUUCUUUUUUUUAAUACUGAUAGUGUGAGUGAGAGUCAGACAUGAAUUUUUAAGUCAGUAAAGACAGGAAUUGCUUCCUGACUGUCGCUGGAACACCUUGGAGCAAUUGUUCAUGUUCUCUGUGGUCCUUUUUUGUUGUUUACUUAGAUGGGUCAUAGUAUCAAAUUUUAAGUCAAUUCCAGUGUAAUUUUCUAUUUUAGCAUUUGUAAGAAGUACAAAAUACUUGAUAUUUUUACUUCAGAUUUUUAGAAUUUAUUGUUCUUAGAGUCAUAUUGAUCCCUUUCUUUUAAAAGCAAAACAAAAUGUUUUCUUCUGAUGUCAAGAACUAGUAAAAGUAUUAUGGUAGGCCGGGAGUAAGUCAUAAUAGAUCGUAGCGUUUGUUCAUUUUCCCCAUAUGCUAGCAACAUUCUCAAAGAAUGUUUGAAGAAAGUGAUGAAUGUACUAAAUAAUACACUGAUACUGUUUAUAUCCAUUUAAAUGUUUCCUGUUGGUUUAAAUAGUAGCAGACUGUGCACAAAAUGGAUAUCAGAGCAAAUAUGGCUAUAAUAAAAUGAAAACAUUUUACCAAAGAUAAAGAACUGAUACCACAAUGUCUGCAUCCUAUCUUUCAUUUCAGUGCAUAAAUUUGGCAGAUUGAAUGUAUCAGAAACCAAGACUUUCUCUUGUAAUUGUAUGCUACCUAGCACCUCUGUGAAAUUUUUUACAUGCACUUUUAUGGGAGAUGUAAAAUGACAGAAAUUAUUAACAGCUACUUAAUUUGUUGUUCUGAAUGGCUGGCCAGAAGGUAAGAAAUACGUUUUCUUAUCUCAAUGUCAUACGCGUUUCACCACUUAGUGAUUUUGAAGCUCCCAGAAGAAUUCGAUAUGUAUUAAACUUUUGAACAAUUGACAGGUGUUACUAGCUAGCAUGCAAAUUGGAGACAUACUGUCUUUUACUGUAGAUGUUAACAUUAAGUCAAAAACUCAGUCCGUUUAUAUUAUCUAUGAAACAGUGAAAAAACAGUUUUCACCUUUAAAAUUACAUUUUUGAAAAUGGGCAUAGAAAGAUUUUUUAAUUGUGGUUUUUUUUUUGUCUAAUUGCUGUGUACAUUCCUUUUUUCUCACUCUUUACAACCCUUUCAUGAUUCGUUUGAUUGUAUGUUUUAUAACUGAUCUCAAGAAAAUACAGACAUAUGGACAGUGACAUAGGUCACUAAUGAAAGCUCUUGCAGUUGCAUCUGACGUACAGCCACUUCAUCCAGUUGAUCAGUCUUGUAAAUAAAUUAAAAGUAUAUUAUUUUCAUACAA